UAACGGAUACUUUCACUUCAAAGGGUGUACGAAAUGUUUCUCUGGAUUAAAACUAACAAACAAAACAUCAAAGUGUGAUGUUGCCAUGCGGUGUCCAGUCUUUGUUCGUGUUUACAAGGACACAUGAUCAGACAGAGAGCAUUCAUGUUGCCAUUAUGGGUUGCGGCGCCUCAGUAGCCACUGAGAACCAAGGGGGGCCAUCAGAAAUUGAUUUGAUGGUCAAGCCGCCCAGCCCAGUACUGACAAUGAAAGCUGCCAUACUGAUCCAGCGCUGGUACCGGCGUUACGUCGCCCGGCUCGAGAUCAGGAGACGAUACACUUGGAACAUCUUCCAGUCCAUAGAGUAUGCGGGAGAACAAGACCAGUUACAGCUUUCGAGUUUCUUCAGCUUCAUGUUGGAUAACUUCACACAGCUCAAUGGGAACGGUCCAGCAGAUCUGAUCUCUCACCUCCUGGACCCCGCGGUAGACCCUGUAAUGGAAGAUGGAAGACAGUAUAAUUAUGAGCAGAUCAUGGUUCCUGAGUCAUAUAGUGGCCCUCGGCUCUCCUUCCCCCUGAGUGUCACUGAUACCAACACCCUGCUUAGUGCCUUCAAAGAGCAGCAGGUUCUCCAUGCCAAAUAUGUGCUGCAGUUACUUCAAGAGACGCAGAAGUUUCUAAUACAGAUGCCAAAUGUCAUUUACCUGUCAUCAUCCUACGCCAAGGAAAUUACAAUCUGCGGUGACCUGCAUGGGAGACUAGAUGAUUUGCUUCUUAUUUUCUAUAAGAAUGGUCUGCCAUCUGCGGAGAACUCCUACAUAUUUAACGGGGACUUUGUGGACCGUGGCAAAAAUUCCAUGGAAAUUAUCAUCAUCCUAUUUGCCUUUCUGCUCCUUUACCCAGAUCACAUGCACCUCAACCGAGGCAACCAUGAGGAUCAUAUCAUGAACCUGAGAUAUGGAUUUACAAAAGAAGUAAUGCAGAAGUACAAGACUCAUGGGAGAGAAAUCCUUCAGCUCCUUCAAGAUGUCUUCAGCCUGCUUCCAAUCGCUACCGUUAUUGAUAACAAAGUUCUUAUUGUUCAUGGCGGCAUUUCAGAUGAAACCGACCUGGACUUUCUAAGUUCUGUUGAAAGACACAGGGUAAAGUCAGCUUUGCGGCUGCCCAAGUGCAGUUUGGAUCAAAUGCGUGUAUGCAGUUCAAGAACUGGCAAGGAGAGGCGCAAGGGUAAGAGUCGCCUGACCUGGCAGAGCAGCAGCUCUUCUUCAUCGUCCUCCUCUUCCUCCUCCUCCUCAUUAUGUUCACCUCAGGGAUCGCGGCGUGCUCCGCCAUCGCCCAAGUUUCCUAGCCCUGCUGAAAUACUGCAAGUUCCCUUCCUCGACUCCAUAGUGUCCCUUGCUCUGCCUGAGGCACCCAGAGAAGAGCUGGAGUGGAAGCAGAUUGUGGACGUGUUGUGGAGCGACCCAAAGAGCCAGAAUGGAUGCAGCCCAAACACAUUCCGUGGUGGAGGAUGCUACUUCGGGCCUGAUGUUACCCGGCGGCUAUUGGAAAAGCACGGCAUGUGUCUGCUCAUUCGGUCACAUGAAUGCAGACAGGAGGGCUAUGAGCUCUGCCAUGACGGACAGGUAAUCACCAUUUUCUCUGCAUCAAACUACUACGAGGAGGGCAGUAAUCGUGGUGCAUACGUGAAGUUGGGUCCAGAUCUGAUCCCACGUUUCUUCCAGUACCAAGUCAGCCGUAGCACCAGGAAGCUUACUCUGCAACAGAGAGUCAGUGUGGCUGAAAGCUCGGCUCUAAAAGCUCUGCAGGAGAAGCUGUUCGCACAUCGCUCUGAACUCGUGGCUGCUUUUCAGCAGUACGAUAUCUGCAAGACGGGCAGAAUAUCCACUAAUGAAUGGGCCGAGGUAGUGGAGUCGGUGCUGAGGUUGGAUCUUCCUUGGCGUACUUUGAGACCUCGCCUCGUGCGCCUGGCCUCUGAUGGAAACGUAGAAUACGAGUCAUGCUUUGAAAACAUCGGUCCAGGCCAACCUAUGCCACAGGUGGCACCAAACUUAGCAGAAACACUGUAUAGGUACAGAACUGACCUUGAGAUCAUCUUCAACAUCAUCGACAAGGACCAUUCCGGUCAGAUUUCCAUCGAGGAGUUCCGGCAGACAUGGAAACUCUUCAGUUCUCACUUGGGUGUGGAUGUGGACGACCAAGCCAUUGAUGACAUGGCACGCAGCAUCGAUUUCAACAAGGACGGCAGCAUCGACUUCAACGAGUUCCUCGAGGCGUUCCGGGUCGUACAUAAACUGGAUGUGAAGGAGCAACAGCAAGGCUGACGAACACAUUCACAUAAGACAAGACAGUAUAACGCUCAGAUAACGAUCAAUAUCCAAUGAUCUUAACUGCAUUUCCAUUUGUUUUAAUUUAAUGACAGAGUUGCACUUAAUGUAAAAUUCAAAACAAGGACUGAGAAGCAUGGGGUUAAUCAACAUUAAUGUGCUUUUUAGGUUUGAGUCUGCUUAAUUAGGUUUGAGUUUGUUCUCUGUAUUUACAGUAGAUGAGAAGACAGAUGUGAAUACAGGUGUGAAGCAGGUUUUGGCACCGCAUUUUAUACUGUAGCACCACUUACAUUUUGUGGUCUGGUUAAAAACUGGCAACACGAUAUCAAGGUUAUUAUGUCUGAUGUAAACUAUUUGUUGUAUUCAAACCUGUUUUUAAACUGAUGCUUUACAAACUUUCAGCUUUGUAUUUUUGUCCUUCCGAGACCUCUGGAACAAUCUGAUUUGCUGUAUGCAAGAUUUAAAGCAGCAGAUUAAUUAGUUUAACUUAAAAGAAAAGAACACACACGAGCUAAUUUUAGUUAAUAUAAUGUGAUUGUAUUGUUAAAUCUGUCAAGUUUAGUUGCACUUCGCCCAGAUAAAUAGUCAUAAAAUUCUUAUUCCAGUAUGGCUGUGAGAGAAAAACACUAUUUAAAUGGAUUUUAUGAAAUCAGAUGUCCAGAAAAACAAAAUAUACAGUGCAGUGGUGACUAUAAACCUUUUUUUUUUUAUUAAAAACCUUAGAAUAUUUAUUCUAGCAUGAGCAAAUUUUUAACUAUUCCCAUUUAUAUAAAAAGUCUAGUGAUUUACAGAUUUACAUUUCAUUUUAAUAAUAUAAA